GGCGCAGCAGGCUGAUUAAGAGCGACUUCCUUCCUCCGUCGGUGCACUAGCAUGGAACUGGGAGUUUAUAAAUACGAGUUAAAAACUUUCUCAACCAAAGAAGCCUAUAUACUGCUGGAACGCAAAAGAACUUAAUCCACAACCAAGGUUUAAACAUGAAGAAAGUAACGGGAUUGUUUCUUGUCGUGUUGGUUUUCCUAAUGGGAGGAAGCGGCGGGAUAGAACCGAAUAGCGGUUACUGCAUUGGCAACCAGUGUUUCACGGUAGUCCAAGACCCCAGCGAUUUCACAACAGCGCGGAAUCAAUGUAGAGAUCAAGGUGGUCACUUAAUGACAGUGCGCUCAACUGUAUCACAUGAUAUUCUUUUUAUCUUGCUGGGGAACUUUAUGGGGCGGUUCUGGAUCGGUUUACACCGAAAGACCGACUGUCCAGAUGCGGCGGCUGGUCUGAAAGGCUUCCAGUGGGUGACCAAAGACAGCGAAAGUGAACUCUUCAACUGGGCGCCAAGUUUUGACAGCAGCUGCUCUUCUCAUCGCUGCGUCUCAGUUUCCAAAGAGAGUGAGUUUAAAUGGAUCCAGGAACCAUGUGGCGAACAGGCGGCCGGGUUUCUCUGUGAGUACAGCUUCAGUGACCCGUGCAAAAGUCUCCCGGUUGCAGAGGGCGAGUCUGUCACCUACAUGACCCCCAUGGGGUUUGGGGGCGAGGAUGUGCUGUCUCUUCCCCCGAGAAGCAUCGCUACUCGGGUGCCAUAUGAGACUAAAUACAUCUGCUUCUCCGAGCAGUGGCUGCAGGCGCCCUGGAGCUGCGAGAUAUUCGAAGGCGGGUGUGAGCACAAAGGCGCAGUGGACCCAAAACAGGUCCCCUCUUGUUACUGCCCAUCGGAACAAACCGUCAAAUGUGCAAAUAAAGUCAAGUGCGGAGUGGCCACAGACGACUCGUGCGUAGCCCUGAGCUGCGAGCACGCCUGUUACAAGAACGGAGAUUCCUACGCAUGUAGGUGUGACCACGGCUUUAAGCUGGCGGAGGACGGCAGGUCAUGCGUGGACUUCAAAGACUGCACGGACCAACGGCAGUGUCCCGGGGAGAAUUUCAUGUGCAUCAAUACCAUCGUUGGGUUUCAGUGCGUCUGCAAGGAUAGAUACUUGAUGACCGGCGGCCUUUGCGUCGACGAGGACGAGUGCGUGUCCGCUCCAUGCGAGCACAUGUGCACCAACACUCCUGGUAGCUACACUUGCUCAUGUUAUGAUGGAUAUAAAGUGGACCCAGAGUCACCGAAUAAGUGUAAACUUCACUGCGGGAAGGAAGAAUGCGCUGCAGAGUGCGACUCGAAUGAUGCGUCCCAGUGCUAUUGCCCUGAUGGUUAUAUAGCAGAGGAAAGAAACGACCAUACGGUUUGCAUAGACAUUGACGAGUGCUCUUUCAAUUAUUGUGAUCAAAAAUGUGAAAACACAUUCGGCAGCUAUGUGUGCACAUGCUCUCUAGGAUAUACGCUUGUUGACCAUUUCAGGUGCGUAAAAAACGAGGAUGAUACGGACACAGAUGGAGAGUUUGAGGGCUCCGAAACAAAUACAACCCAAGACAUCCCCACAACACCAUAUUUACCAUAUCCUGAUCCGACAAGGCAGCCAUCAGCGGUGACAGUGGGGGGGCUUGUCGGGAUAAUACUGCUUACUGUCUUUUUUGUUGUGCUGGUGGUUUUUCUGGCUCAUUACAUUGUUAACCGCAGAGGGAAGAUGGAAAGCACCAGUGCGCUCAAAGCUCACGAGGGUGAGGUUCACGCUUUACAGCAAGUGACGAGUGAUACUUAUUAAAAGAAAAAGGGAACAGUGUCAGAGAGACAGAUAAGGCAAAACGUGAUGUACAGAUCAAGCCUCAAAAACAAAACUACAUAGACAAUAUUGGACAGGGUAUGAAGAAUGAAGAUUUCAUGCAAAACAAUAGGAGGUCAGGAACUUUGGUAAUGUCAUAGGUCACUAUAACCUCAAAAGAAAACAGAAAUUGUAUGCAAACAACUAAGGUUUUCUUUGAGGAAGGAUAUUCACUGCCUGGGAAGACUGGUUUUAUCUACAAUUAAACUUUCAUACAACAGAUCAAAUUGAUUUAAGAAUGACAAAGAACUUUGUUUUCUAAAGGUUGUGGAGAAACAUUAUUAAUUUAUAAAAAUGUGAAUGAAGGAGAAGUCUGUUUUUUUCAUUUGAUUCCAGCCUCAGACGCAUGCUGACUGCCCCACCAUGUGGAGGAAAAAAGCGAAAUACAGGUCAUCCGUGCACAGACCCAGCUGCAGAAUUUAUUUCAUAUAAUGUCUCAUUUUUUGGAAUGAACAAUGUAACAUGUGCACAUUCCCUCACAAUAAUGAACCACAUGAAACCUAUAUCUUCCCCACACAUAUUUAAUACACAUAAGCCAAGAUUACAACAUGACAGGGAUAAAUGUUGAUGUAUUGAACAGGAACUUCUGAAACGUCACACCACACAAAGUAAAGACAUAAACUAUAAGCAAUAAUACAUGGAUUAUAACUAAAAUAUAAUCUCCUUUGGAUUCCUUGGGCUAUAUUUCAUUCUUGAUUCCCUGUACCCUAUUAUGUAUUUUAGAAGACUAUAGAAAUGUCACAGCAAAACUAGCCCUGUCUUUACUAUUUUAUAUUUACUAUCACAGAAUAGCAGGCAGUAGUAGUUGUAAAUGUAGUGGUAGUAGUCAGAGAUGGCAGAAGAACUCAGAUGCAGUAAGUAAAAGUAACAAUACAACAAUGUAAAAGUACUCCACUACAAGAAACCUUUACACCAGUAAGUAAAUGCAUAUUAACAGCAAAAUGUAAUUAAUGUAUCAAAGAAAAGCACUUAUAGCAGUAAACUGUCCCAUGUGAUUGAUCUAUUAUUAUAGAUUACAUUAUUAGAUUGUUAAUACUGAUGCAUCAAUAUGUAAAAGGCAUUUUCAUGUUGCAGCGGGGCAAAGUCUAUAUCAUUUUAAUUACUUCAUAUACAUGUACAGUUUAAUACAGUUUUCCCAAAUGAUGGGUUGGCCCCCCUCCAUAUAUAUAUAUGUCUUAUAUUACUAUCUAACAUCAUUCCAUGUAAUUGGACAAUUGGCAAUUGAUCCUUUUCAUGGCCAGGUGUGGUCUGUUCCCUCAUUAUUUCAUGACAAAUUAAGCAGAUAAAAGGUCUGGAGUCGAUUCGAGCUAUUCAUGGGAACUCUCAAUAUGUAGUCCAACAAGGUAUCAAUGCAAAUCAAGGAGGUCACCAGUAGGCUGAAAGAACAAAACAAACCUAUCACACAAAUAGCAAAAAACUUUAGGGGGGGCCAAAUCAACAAUUUGGUACAUUCUAAAAAAGAAGGAAUGCACUGGCAAGCUCAGCAACAUAUCAAAAGGCUUUGAAGACCACAGAAGACAACUAAAGUGGAUGACCGCAAAAUUUUUUCCUUGGUGAGGAAAAACUCUUCACAACAUUUAGCCAGGUUAUAUAUACCAGCCAGGUAUAUAUAACUGUGUAUAAAUAUAUUUAUAUAUAUUUACAGGGGCUGGUAACUUCCAGUUUUCGCCCAGCACUUCUAAAGCUCAUUAAUUAACAUGUUAUAUCUUGUAAACUUGGGUUUUUGUACAGAUUUAAAAAAGACUUAAACAAUGCUGCUUUAUGCAAUGCUAAACUACCUGGCUGCUGGUUCCAGCA